AUGUCUUCUUUCCAUCUUCGUCCCGUCGCAGAGCACUCCCCAUCCCCACCAUCAAGCGCCUCUACAACAACAGCAGGGGAUCAUAGUCCACUUCACAAAUCAUCAGUAAUUCAUACUUCACCACAAUCAGGCGCACCAAGGCGUCCUCUCUCUCCAAGUUCAUUACGUGACGUCAACCUAACUCAGGAUGGUAGUUCUACACCCAGAAAGUACCCUGCACCACCUACAGGUCAUGAACUCAUGGCCCUCUUCCCUCCUGCACCACCAGCAAACUUUGCAGAGAUGAGACCUGGUCCUACCAGUGGAUUCUUUCAACGACAGGAACGCGCAUUCUUCGCUCAAGCCGGAAGGGAGAUCGUUCGCGUUCGAGUAGAAAUCGAUGUGCCACAACAAGACGAUAUUCAUAAUGGCACAAAAUCUAGGGAGGCACAACAAAGUGGUGCACCGCGUUCAUGGCCACAGCUUCCACCACAUCCUCAGCAUCAUUCACCUGUUGAUUCGCCAAUGGGACCCUAUCCGCAUCAUCCUAAACAAGCCCGGUCUUCCCGAUCGAUGCCGACACCCACGCAACCACCAUCCAUGUUUCCCGUGGCACCUCACAGCCAACCACCUCAGCCCCCUCUUAAUCUCCACGCGCAAUCACAUCAUGGUGGCGUCGGUUUACGUAGUCCACCUCAUGACGUACAUCCUAUUCCUGGUGCAAAAGUAGAAGUUGCUCCUACAGAGGAUUACCGAGAAGACUCAGAUGAUGCUUGGCGGAGGCCAACUCCUUAUGCAGAUCGCCGGCGAGCAGGGAAGCAUACUAAACGUAUAGUUGUUCGGAAUUGA